CUCUUCGGCUCGCCUCCCCCCUGUGCCCGUGCCGUUCCCCUGGCCCCUUUCCCCUCUUCGGCCUUCCCCGUUCUCCUUUGCCUCUUUGCUCCUCCCCCCCCGCUCUGCCCCGCCGGCCGCUCCGCCCGGGCUCGCGCCCCCGGUUUUGCCGCGCCCGCCGCGCCCUCCUCCUCCUCGGGGCCUGGCCCUUGCCCCGCCGGCCGGGUCUCGGUCGCGCGCUUCCGCGCCCUCCCUUUUCGGGGCUCGUUGCUUCGGCCGGUGCGUUGUUCCCCCCUCCUUCGCGGCUUUCGCCUUCCCUGCCCCCCGUCCUGCUGUCUUCCUCGCCCCCCCCCCUUUGUGGGUUCUCGGUUCGCGCGCCGUUGGGCCCCGUCCCCCGGCUUCCGGUUCCUCCCGCCUCGCCCGUUCUGCUUCCCCCCCUGGCCCCCUUGGCGCUCUCGCUUCCUUGGCCCGCCUCCCCCCGCCGCCGUGCCGUCCUCCCUCUUUCCCGUUUGCGCCUCGGUCGCGGGCGUUGCGCCCCCGCUGCCUCUCCUCCUUGGCUUUCCCCGCUCGCCCUCGCCCGUGGGCUCCCGCUCUCCUGCGGGCCCCUUCGGCGGGCCCCCGCUCCUCGCCGGUUCGCUUCGUCUUUCGCCCCUCUCCCCCGUCCGCCGCCCGCUUUGCCCGUCCGUCUCGCUGCGGGCCUCCCCCCGCGUUUCCUCUGGCUUCGCCCCGCUCCGGCCUCGUUCCCCCUCUUUCGGGUCCCGCCCGGUCUGCUCUCCCUCGCCCCCUUCUCCGCCGCUCCCGGUCGGUCGGCGGUGCCCCCCC